GUGUGUGUGUGUGUUAUAGAGCUUUGGUGAACGGGGUAAAGGUUGAGUAUGAGGAUGCGGCUGUAACCCGGUGCGUCUCUGCACGCGCACUGCGCCGAUCUGACCGUCACUGCGCGCGCGGAUUUGUUACACGGAGGGAGAGCGAGAGACCGUGGAGAGGAACCGAGAGGAACCAUAGGCACGCAGGAGCGAGCUGUGCUUUGUCAUCUAUUCUCCUCCUCCUAACAGGUUGUGCAGCACCAUCAUGUCCAGCACUUAGCACCAGCCAUGAAUCACAGAGAGGAGCUAGAGGAGGUGGAGACCAAAGCCACACAACCUCAAAGCAUCAGACACCCAAACGGUUCACCUGUAGAAGGAGGCCAUCCGAGGUGGAGGCCAUGCCAACUGAACAGCAAAGAUUACAAGGGAAAUCCCCAUCAUCAUCAUCAUCAUCAUCAUCGGCAUUACCGACAAUCACACCAAGAGCAGCCUGGUUCUAACCGAGUUCUACCACGAGAAAGCCAAAAACCUGCCCCCUGCCCCACCCCUAGAGGGUCGAAUGAGAGUGGAGAUGCAGAUCCACAACUUUGUCAGCAGCAACGUUCAAGCAGAUUGAGGUAUCGACAGAGUGGUGAUGGUGGGCAUCAGCACAGACAUCAACUGCAACCCAGACAGAUUCAUGCAGCACCUCAGGCCUUUGAUGCACCUGAGAGCAGUUCAUCCAUGGACAUUUUGUCACCUGAGGAGUCUUCCCAGGAACUGAUGACACCAUCUUCACAGGACGAUCUGAACCCUUCUCAGGAAGAACCAAACCCUUCUCCACAGAAAGUGCCAUCUGUAGAAGCUCAAGCUAGAAGUAGCCCAGGUCUACAUUGUUCAUCCAGUACUGAGAGUAACCUUCAUGCACACUCUGAGCAGACUGAGCAUCAGAACAGAGAGAGAGAGCAGAUGGAGGAGUGCAAAUGUGGGAUAGACCAAUGGAAGGAGGAAGGAUGUCUUGAACAGAAAGAGGAAGGGACAGAGCCUCACAGAGAAGCUGAACAUGAAGAACAGAAUCAUAUGCAGAAGAAUUCCAUGGCAAAUGAUGAUAAGUUCAGAGGUAGUAGGAAAACCAGUAGAAGGUCUGGACCCAUCAGAGUGGAUGUGCCACCUUUUGCAGAAUUUCCACAUCAGCAAAUAACAGUCCAGAAUUUCCAGUCUCAGCCUUUCUCAGAACCACUUAGAGGUUAUCCAAUGGAGCCCAUAUCAGGUUCUAUGUUCAGCUCCACUGCUGCAAGCACUGACAUGAGUCCUGAAUUCAGAAACGCUGCUCAGUCGUAUGAAGAAACAUUUUCAGACUCUAGUUCAGAAACCUGUUCUACAUCAUAUCCAUCAGUCCCUGAGUCUUGUCCAAAAAUCUACCCAGUGACUCCAACAAAAUCAGACAGAGAACUUUACCACUCACCACAAACAGGAUGGUAUCAGGAACCGUCUAAGGAACAGUGGGACUUUGAGAACAAACAUGAUAUGUCUCUCAGUGAAGAUAUUCCACAGAACAGUCUGCAUGAGGAGCAGAAAGCACAGGGUUCUGUUGGAUCCAGACUACACCACUAUGAUGAACAGUCAGGAGAUGAAUGUAGCACUUCUGAUAGAGGCACAACUAAUGUUUGGAGACAUCGUGUAGAAAAUAAAUGUUCAGAGAUCAGGAAGGAGCAGUGUGAGCUUCAUCAUGGUUUGCCAGUAAUGGACAGAGAAGAGAAGUCAGCACACAACUCUGGAGAAGACAGAACAUAUACUAUUCAAGAAUCUGCUGAUAUUUCUGGAAAUGCGAUCUCUCUGGCAAUACGAGACAUAAGGGAGGCUAUUGAGGAAGUGAAGACCAAGACGGUGCGUUCCCCAUACACACCUGACAAACCCAAAGAGCCAGUUUGGGUAAUGAGGAGAGACAUCAGCCCGAUGGAAGAGUGUGGUCCAAACCUUUAUUCACCCCCAUCUCCUCCACAGCUUCCCUUUCUUCAGAACACAACAUGUUCCCAGGUUCUAGCUUCAAAUGACAAGGUUCCUCUGGGGGCCGAAGUUUCAGGAACUCAUGAGCUCCAGGAAGGAGACAUCAGUCCCAGUUUACCAACAGCGGAAGAGUUGAGAAGGAACUUGGCUGCUUUCCCCACAUACAUUGAUGUUCCAGGGCCAUGUGAUCCUGAUGAUCUGAUCGAUGGAAUCAUAUUUGCAGCCAGUUUUUUGGGUUCCACACAGCUGCUGUCUGAGAGAACUCCGAGUAAAUGCGCUCGCAUGCAGCAGGCUCAGGAGGCCAUGAGCCGCGUCCGGGCUGCAGGAGCUGAGCUUCACAAUACUACUGAGGUGGAUCUCUUUGUAUCAACUCAGAGGAUCAAAGUUCUCAGCGCUGACACACAGGAUACAAUAAUGGACCACCCUUUGAGGACCAUCUCAUACAUCGCAGACAUCGGGAACAUGGUGGUGUUGAUGGCACGCAGGAAGAUGAUUCGCUCUCACAGUGUGCAGGAGCAGCUGGAGACGGCCGACGCCCAGCACUCGAACCCAGCACAGGACGGGCAGCACCAGUACAGGAUGAUCUGUCACGUGUUCGAGUCAGAGGAUGCUCAGUUGAUCGCUCAGUCCAUCGGUCAGUCGUUCAGUGUUGCAUAUCAGGAGUUCCUGAGAGCGAACGGAAUUGAUCCGGACGAUCUGAGUCAGAGGGAGUACAGUGACCUGCUCAACACUCAGGACAUGUACAACGACGAUCUGGUCCACUUCUCCAAAUCUGAGAACUGCAGAGACGUGUACAUAGAGAAGCAGAAAGGUGAGAUCCUUGGUGUGGUCAUUGUGGAAUCCGGUUGGGGCUCCAUCUUACCCACCGUCAUCAUCGCCAGUCUGAUGCACUCGGGACCUGCAGCCAAAUCUGGCCGUCUGAACAUCGGAGAUCAGAUCAUGACGGUGAACGGGACGAGUCUGGUGGGUCUCCCCCUGUCCACCUGCCAGAGCAUCAUCAAGGGCCUGAAGUCUCAGUCCAGGAUUAAGAUGAACAUUGUCAGAUGUCCUCCAGUCACCAUGGUCCUCAUCCGCAGACCAGACCUUCGCUACCAACUAGGCUUCAGUGUACAGAAUGGAAUUAUCUGCAGUCUGAUGAGGGGGGGUAUUGCAGAAAGGGGCGGAGUCAGAGUGGGUCACCGCAUUAUUGAGAUUAAUGGGCACAGUGUGGUGGCCACGCCCCAUGAGAAGAUUGUUCAUAUUCUUUCUAGUGCAGUUGGAGAGAUCCACAUGAAGACGAUGCCUGCUGCUAUGUACCGCCUGCUGACGGCUCAGGAACAGCCGGUCUACAUCUGAACCUCGCUAGCAUCACAUGCUUCAGCCUCACACACUCGCUAACGUUUCAUGUGGUUUUCAGAUUGUUUACAGUUGUGUUUACACUGGAUGUAAAGAUUUUUCAUACAUAAUAUUAAAAUAAGCCUUAAUACUGUAUGUAAUGAUGGAGAGAUGCGACGUCACCCACACAUGCUAACAGUACUGGUGUGUAAUCCAGAUUACAUCUGAAAGACUGAGUGCAGCGGGGGAGGGGCGGAGCCACAGGUGGGGUUACAUUAUAUGUCAUUUAUAUUUAGUUGCAUUUGUGUUAAAUUUCAAUUUCUGUGUCUGGUAUAUUUUUAUUUCUUGGAGAUGUAGUGCAGGUUUACGCAAUACGAGUGCCGCAGUCACAACCCUGCAGAUUUAUAGAUUUAAUUGCAGCGAUUGACGUAAUUUAGUUUUGAAAUGCAAGCAAAAAAAAUCAGUGUGGUGUACAAGUAUAAAUAACUGUAUUUACUCUCUCUCUCUCUCUCUCUCACACACACACACACACUCCUCCAGAACACUUCUUCAUAAGCCAAAGACUAAAAUCCAGAGAUUUAUUUAUGAACUGAAGACUGGACCUUUACUAACAUCAGACUGCUGUGUGUGUGUGUGUGUGUGUGUGGUUAUAUUAUGCUCUGAAUUAUUUCACCGGAACCGUUAGUAAUGAAAGUCAAGGAAAUGUGUAUUUAUUUUAGAUCUGAACAUUAACAUUUACAGCAAACUGAUUAGAAAAAUGCAUAAAUCACACUGACCUCAAAAAUCUAAAUAAUCUGUUUAAUUACAGUAAACAUGUAAAUGCUGUGAUUUUUUCCAUUAAUAAUUAAAGAAUUUUAUAAAUGA